UGAAUCCAAUAUGAAAAAUUUUGGGGAAAAAAGUUUAAACGUUCUUGCAUCAUUGUGAGAGGUAUAUGAUUUUCUUUACCAGAAUUCAUGGCAAAGUAUCUUAACAGUUGAGAGGUUUACACAUUUUGGUGCAAAAUGCACAUGGUGCUGCACAUACAGUAUAUAUUUAGAUUAAUUAUACUUCCUCUUGAAAGCUACUGAAGCAUGUAAACUCGGGCCGAACAAAUUGUAUAACUGUCCUUAUUUGUAAUAUAUACACUUGUUUUUAUGUUAAAGAACCUAAAUCUGUGAUCAAGAGUUCUGACCAAACAUAGGAUCUGCCAUGAAUGGUCUAAUGGAGUCUACAGUGUUUAUCAGAUAAGUUGGGGUUCUUGAGUGCUUGCAUGGAAAUAAACACAUUGGCACCUGCCUCAUACUGUACAACUGCUGCUGCAAGCUCUCAAGUUUGCAAACGCUAUGCAAAGUGUAGUAAUGAAGCAGGAAGUUCAUAUCAUUUCUGUUACAGGAUACAGAUGAGUUCCACUACACUACACUUCACUGCCUGUUUUUUACAACCUAUUGCACCUUCACAUGUCUACCCCUACGCUCAGUUACUUAUUCGUCUCUGCUCAAGUCACAUCACUGCACCAGCUGCCUGUGUGACACCGCCUAACGUACGAAAGCUGUUUCUGGAGUCUUUUUUAUCUGAAUAUUGUCAAGAAGACAAUGAAUAGAACAAGUUGUCCUCGUGUCAGCUUUGAAUUUACGAGCAAAUUCCUGCCUCCUGUUUUAAUCUUAGUAUUCAUUGUUGGCCUGGUUGCUAAUGGAUGGGGACUGAAGUCAUUGCUACACAACUGGAGGAAACUGGGGAACGUCAAUGUGUUUGUUCUCAACCUUGGACUCGCAGAUGUGUUGUAUCUGCUCACACUUCCAUUUUUGAUGAUUUACUACUUUCGAAGGAGUGAAUGGAUCUUUGGAGCUACAUUCUGCAAGAUGACAAGAUUCUGCUUCAACCUGAAUUUAUAUGGCACCAUUGGAUUCCUUACUUGCAUUAGUGUGUACCGGUACUUGGCUAUUGUUCAUCCAAUGAAAGUGUUCGGAAGAAUAACUGUCAAGCAUUCAGUCACUGUUUCAGUCCUGGUUUGGCUGUUGGUGGGUGUUCAAAGUCUUCCAGACAUGUUCUACCCAAAGUCUCGAAACAAUGCUUGGAAUUGCUAUGAGACCACCAAUGAUGACUUUGUCGAAGACUAUCUGAAAUACAGCCUUGGAUGGACAUUGACUGGCUUUUGUAUCCCAUUCCUGAUCACACUGGGCUGUUAUGGACAUGUAAUUGUCAUACUCUGCUCUAGAAAUACCACUGACAAUGUACUGAAAGAAAAAUGCUUGAAGUUGUUGUUUAUUUUGAUCCUUCUGUUCUCAAUUUGUUACAUUCCCUAUCAUUUAUUCAAGAACCUAAAUCUGUGGUCAAGAGUUCUGCUAAAACAGAGGAUCUGCUAUGAAUGGUCUAAUGGAGUCUACAUUGCUCAUCAGAUAAGUCGGGGCCUUGUGUGUCUGAACAGUGCUCUCAACCCUCUGAUUUACCUGCAUGGAAGUAAAGAUAUUAGCGCACAGCUCAUACAGCUGCUGCAGCGAGCUCGUCGAGCUUUCAGGCCGCUGUCAGUCACUUCUGCGCAAACUGUCAGGACGUAAAUGUCAUGUCUGAUGAAACUUUACAACAUCUGCUGCUAUAACAUAUCUGACUGUAGAAGAUCAUAGUUUAUAUCCCUCACAUUGCCAAUAACAUGCUCAUAAAAAUGCCUUAAUCAGUUCUUGAUGUGUGCCUGUAAAGCCUUACAAGGUGUAACAAGACCACACUUGUGGUUGUGUUGUUAAUCUAGGAAGUUCACUGAGCUUUCACUUACAGUAUGCAGAUUGUAUAAGUUUCACUUCAAGUUUUAGUUUUCAAUGGUUUGUAGUUGUAAAUAAACCUUUCCCCCCCCCUCCCCCCGAAUAUAAUCGGUUUAUGUAAGAUUCAUAUCUGCAAAGGAAACUCUUGGUGUCACUCAUUA